AUGGAUACCAGUGCUGUGCUCGACAAGUACACUCAGGAUCUCCUGAACCUCCCGCUCGAGGUCAAACACCUAUUCGAAGAGCUAAAAAACAAGGACGCGCAGCUCGCCGAUGCUCGGAAGCGAUACCAAACGAAGGACUCGCAGAUACACAAGUUCAUCCGUGCAAAUGGCACGCUCACGCGGCACCCCAAAGAGACGCUGCUCUAUUCGAAAAUGGAGGAUGACAUGCGGCUUGUGCAGAAGAUCCAGCGCGAGAAGAUCCUCCUAGCUAACACGGCGUUGUUUCUUGUGCUGAAGCACUUGUGCAACUUGGAAACAGACAUCCAGAAGUUGGAGCGGGACGAGCUUCUAGCGCCGGCGACGUCAGAUAUGUUUAAUGAUGAUGAUCUACGUAGUGAAACGGCGCGCUCGCUGCCAGACCCGUCACGCAAGAAGCGGACGUAUCUGAGCAUGAAACAUCGCCAGAAACGACUUAAAAGUGAGGAUUAUGAUGACUUCUACGAACUGGGCCCACUGACGCGGACUCACUCUGCAGCGCCAGCUCGGAUUCCCGCGGCGGCAGAUGAUGCGGACAACAACCUAUAUUGUUUCUGUCAACGAGUAUCUUUUGGCGAGAUGAUUGGAUGUGACAAUGAUGAUUGUCGCUUUGAGUGGUUUCACUGGUCAUGUGUCGGGAUCACGAGUCCUCCGAAGGAUGAUGAGGUUUGGUAUUGUCCCGAUUGUGCGCCGAAGAUGGAGAAGAGAAAGAAGCGGAAGAAGUAA